GGGGGCGGGGCCGCGGCCGCGGGGAGAAGAAAGGAGUGAGAGGACCCGGAUGCUGACCCGGCGCUCGGGUGACUGCCAGCGCCUAGCGGAGGGAGGAGGAGCGGCCCGAGCGGGCGGAAGGGGAUGUCUCAGAUCAGCUUUGAAAUUUAAAAACAAUGGAGAAGACUCAAGAAACUGCCCAAAGAAUUCUUCUAGAACCCUACAAGUACUUACUUCAGUUACCGGGUAAACAAGUGAGAACCAAACUUUCACAGGCAUUUAAUCAUUGGCUAAAAGUUCCAGAAGACAAAUUACAGAUUAUCAUUGAAGUGACAGAAAUGUUGCACAAUGCCAGUUUACUCAUUGAUGAUAUUGAAGACAAUUCAAAACUCCGACGUGGCUUUCCAGUAGCACAUAGCAUCUAUGGAAUUCCAUCUGUCAUCAAUUCAGCCAAUUAUGUAUAUUUCCUUGGCUUAGAAAAAGUCCUAACUCUGGAUCAUCCAGAUGCAGUGAAACUUUUUACCCGUCAGCUCUUAGAACUCCAUCAGGGACAAGGCCUGGACAUUUACUGGAGGGAUAAUUACACUUGUCCCACUGAAGAAGAAUAUAAAGCCAUGGUGCUGCAAAAGACUGGUGGACUGUUUGGAUUAGCAGUAGGUCUCAUGCAGCUAUUCUCUGACUACAAAGAAGAUUUAAAGCCAUUACUUAAUACACUUGGCCUCUUUUUUCAAAUUAGAGAUGAUUAUGCUAAUCUGCACUCCAAAGAAUAUAGUGAAAACAAAAGUUUUUGUGAAGAUUUAACAGAGGGAAAAUUCUCAUUCCCUACUAUUCAUGCUAUUUGGUCAAGGCCUGAAAGCACCCAAGUGCAGAACAUCUUGCGCCAAAGAACAGAAAACAUAGAUAUUAAAAAAUAUUGUGUACAUUAUCUGGAGGAUGUAGGUUCUUUUGAGUACACUCGGAAUACUCUUAAAGAGCUUGAAUCUAAAGCCUAUAAACAAAUUGAGGCAUGUGGUGGGAACCCUGCGCUAGUGGCUCUAAUAAAGCACUUAAGUAAGAUGUUCAAAGAAGAAAAUGAAUAAUAUUAAGCCAUUCUUGAUUGGGCCGGAUAGCUUCUUUAAGUUAAUUUUUCUUUUAGCCUGUCACCUUUUCACAAAUUUGGACCAAGCUUUAGUCUUCAAAAACUGAGUAAAUAGGGACGGUGUGAGUGAAACUGUUCCAAUGUAGAAACCCCUCCAUAUAUGUAAUACAGAGUUGAAAGAAUAAAAAGGAUUCACAUUUAUAUAGAUCUAAUUUGAAUGUCAGAAGUUGUGGUCGCAGGACAUUGUGACCAGUCUGCCAUGGUACCAUAAAUGUUCUAUUGAUUCUGUCAAUAAAAAGGACUAGCUUCCAGGAGUUUUUAUCUAGGUACUUCCUACUCAUGCUACAUUGGCAGUUCCCAGUUCAUCUAUCCCACUUCCAAACCGAUGACUACUUGAGACUGAUUUCUUUAGCUUGCUGACCCAAAGAUCACAAACUCCUCUUUUUUGCCAAAAUGCUGCUACUAAGUAUAUUGCUAAAGUAUUCUAUGAAAAGACUGAGCAGGUGAAAAACAGUAAAUACCAUGUUCUCUCUCCUA